UCGGCGCGAUGGCGGCGCCGGUGCAGGGGCACCGAGCGCGGUACAAGAGCCCGGGCGGGCCGCCCUGGAGGGAAACGUACCGCAGGCGCUGCAUGGAGCGGCUGAGGAGCAGCCGGGCCAAGCUGCUGGAUCGCUACCGCCAGGCCGGGGAUGGGGCGAGCAGGGCGGCCCCGGGAGCGCUGCUGGUGCAGGAGGUGAUGGAGCAGGAGUGGCAGGAGCUGCGGGACAGGCUGCCCGGCCUCGGCGGAGAGCAGCCCAUGGAGCAGGUGCUGGAGGACCCUGAUGAGCUGGCAGUGCUGGAAGAGAUCCAACAAGAACUGAUCUUGCAAGAGCAGUUGGUGAUCGAGGAGUACGAGCGGAGCCUGCGCUUCGAUGAGGAAUGUCUCAACGCCAUGCUGGACGGCCUGGAUGCUUCUGACAGGGUCAUCUGCCCUGUAUGUAGGAAGAAUAACCUGACUGUGAAGGCUCACUUGGUUUGUUGCCAGUGUGGAUUGUACAUCAGCACACAGGAUAUGACAGAGGGAAAGCUUCGGUCCCUGCUGGAAAUGACCUUGACAGAGCACAGUCAGAGGUGCCUGCACAGCCCCGAGUUCACAGUCACCAGUGGCAUGGAGGAGGAAGCCAGUCUGCUGAUGAGCUGCCCUGUCUGUGACUCCUGGAUGAUUCUCCUCUAAGGUGAUUGAGCUGCUGCUUUACUUCUGGAAGACUUCAAUACUAAACUUCACCCAGAGCUGCUAGGACUCUUUUGUACAUAUUUCUAACUGCUGUGUCAAAAAGACACUCCAAAAGGCACAGUAUUGCCUUGACCUGCACUUUUAACCACACAGGACAUGUUUUGAAAUAAAUAUAUUUGUUUAUUUUGGC